CGCACCAAAAGGGUAUUCCGCCUGCACGAAAAGGGUAUUCAGCCUUACUAAGACUCACCAAAUCAACGCCGCCGCUGUAAUAUGCGCGAUUCCAAUUGUUCCGCAGCCUGCCACGCCGUUGAACCCGGCCAUGCAAUCAUACUGUGUAGGCGAGUAUGUGCCAGACCCCUUAUAUAGAUCGCUCCCAGCUGUAAGCAUCUUGGAGUCGUUUCCUUUCUAUCCUCUAUUCACCUACACUAUCUCAGUACCUACCCGUCGACAACUCCCUUCAACGUUUCGCAGCCGAUACAUCCAAAUGGCGCCUCUAGCGGUCACAUCCUCCCCUGCUUCCCCCUCCAUGCUCGCCAAACGGUACUACUACUACGACUCCUUCUACCACUCCGGCCGCUGGGCCGUCCUCGGCGUCUUUGUUGGACUCUUCGUCCUCUUCUUGAUCUUCCUACUCUUCGCUUGCAUGACGGCUCGUAGUCGCCGCCGCAGUGGUCGACAGCCAAUUCGAGGCACGGCUUGGACAACGCAAGUCCCGGGCUUUCGGCAGGACGUGGCCCCAGGGACAUUUGCAUCUCCGAGUGGACCGCCACCAGAGACCACAAAGCUAUGAUGGCUCCCUUUCUGGUGAAGAAUGGAAUGGUCAACGCGCAGUUCGGCUGGUGGUAGAAGAAUGA